UCGUCUCCGAAUUCUCCACUUCUUCUCUCUACUACGUCAAACUCACAAUCGCUUUUUGUUUGUUUUGAAACUUUAACUCACAAUCGCUUUUGUAUCUGUGAAUAAGAAGAAUCUAUCUCUUGAUCAUGGCAGAGAAGAAGGAGAAGCUGAAGCUCUACUCUUACUGGAAAAGCUCGUGCUCACACCGUGUCCGUAUCGCCCUCACUUUAAAAGGGAUUGAAUAUGAGUACGUACCAGUGAAUCCCCUCAAGAGAGAUGAAUUCUUGAAAAUCAAUCCAAUGGGUGCUGUACCAGCGCUUGUUGAUGGAGACGUUGUGGUUUCUGAUUCUCUUGCCAUCAUAAUGUAUCUAGAUGAGAAGUAUCCUGAGCCACCUCUCUUACCUCGCGACCUCCACAAACGUGCCGUAAACUACCAGGCAGCGAGUAUUGUGUUCUCUGGCAUACAACCUUAUCAAAAUACGCCUGUUGCUAGGUAUAUUGAGGAGAAGACAAAUGCUGAAGAGAAAACUGCUUGGGUUAAUAACGCUAUCACAAAAGGAUUCACUGCUCUCGAGGAUCUGUUGGUUAGCUGCACUGGAAAAUACGCCACUGGUGAUGAAGUUUACUUGGCUGAUCUCUUUCUAGCACCACAGAUCCAUGCAGCUAUCAACAGAUUCCAGAUUAACAUGGAACCGUACCCAACACUUGCAAAAUGUUACGAGUCAUACAAUGAUCUUCCUGCAUUUCAAAACGCAGUCCCAGAGAAACAGCCUGACGCUCCUGCUUCCACAAGCUGAUUUUGUGUACCGUAGUAAGCUACUCUCAGCUCAAUAAAUACCUCAGACAGGUAGACAACAACAGCAAUGAUAAUAAUACCUUGUACUCAUAUUUAGAUGUAUCAUAUGCACCAGUGAU